ACUCUAAUUUCACAACUUUCUGGCAACAAAGAGUCAAAUAACGUCCCAUUUAAGUCCUCAGUCCACCUCCUCACCCAUGCAGGGCCUCCAGGAUUCCAACUAAUCCACAUCCUUUACCCUGUUCCACCAUUCCUCUCACCUACCUUUGGAGGGCCCCGCCCCCCUGAGGGCCCGCCUCCCCGAGGGCCCCCUGAGCUCCCACUCCAAGUCCUGACUCUGCUUGGCCAAGCUCCUUUUCUUUCCCUGGUUUUGCUUAAGCUUUCUUCUCAGGUGUUAUCCUCUGAGGAAGAAAAAGGCCAUGGGUAAGUGAUUUCUUGUGUUUAUAGAAUUGGCAAGAAAACUGAGACAGAACCAGAGUGGAAGAAACUGGGCUUGGAGUGCCGCUAGCUGUCAAAGCUCUGGGCAGUUUGAGCAGAGGGUAUUUCAUGGCUCCAGAGCUAGACUUUGGACUGGCGGGUGCAGGCCAAAGGCCUUGCAAUUUUGGGAAGAGCAGGUAGGAUUUCUGGGUUAUUCCCUGGCCCUACUCCUCCUUAGUCCUUCCCACCUCUUUCUUUGCGUUGCCCUCAUCCCUGGCCUUUCCUUUCUGACCUCGUGCAGAGCUUGCUUUAUUCAUCUUUGUCUUUCUCACAGGGCCCAGUACAUAGUGUGCUUAGACAUGUUUUUUGAAUGAAUGAAGAUUCUUCCACCUGGCUCAGCUGCCUCCUUCAUGUUUUGCCACACUUUCUCACUGGAGAGUCUGAAAGUGUCUGUGUCAUAUCUUCUUAGGGAGGAAAUUGCUGUGAACUCUGCCGAAUAGCAGGGCCAGUUUUAUAAGGUGGUCUAUCCACCAUCAGAGAGAAUUUGAGCGUCUUCUUCCUCCUUGCUUAAGGAAUUAGAUAUCUAUUUUUUACAGCUGCUGAAGGUAUCUCCCUGCCUCUCUUAUCUAAUUUACAACAGUUGUGGUGGGGGAUUGAUUAUAGGUCAGGUCAGGCUGUAGGAGGAAGAGAUUACCAAGUUCCCCUGGGGUGUGGCUGCCUAGUGGUCUUUAAGACACUGGGUCUCCAAGAGGCAGUUUGUUGUUAUCUCAAGCAUAUUUGAAACUCUUUAAUUUUAAAGGCCUCUGCAGUCUUAAAAUGUUCUCCACCCUUCUCCCCUCCCAACUACCAUGUACACUGUGGGAUGUACCCCAACACCAGAAGCCCAGACAGCACUUAUCCAUGCAUGACAUCUGUUUUAUUGAUUAUAUGUGGCAAAUGUUUAUUUCUAGUUGUCUUUCUCUUGCCUUCCAGCAGUUCUUUUGCAAUGUCUCUCAGUCAUAAUUUGAUACAUGUUAUGUGCUUCCAGAAGGCAGUUACAUUUUAACCUUAAAGAAAAAUCAUCUGGAAAAACCAGUUUCCUUCACAAAGUAUAUUCCAAAUUGAUAAAAGUGAUUUUUAUGGUACAUUCUUUUGCUUUAUGCUUGUCCUUUUUUUUUCUUGUAUUAUACAAACCACAAGGCCAACUGGAGACCAGAAAGAACUAGGGAAGAGGGAUAAAGAGUUUCCCUUAAUAAGUGGUUAUAGAGGCUAGUUGUUGUAGAUUAUGUUGCCAGAGCUGGGGUGAGGUAGACAGAUAUUCGUUCAGAAGUCGUAUUGAUCUAUAUUUGGAUAAAAACUCAGGACUUUGAGGCAUUAUACAUCUUUCAUAUGACUCAGAUGGUCUGGUGUCUUUCCUACAACAAAACAAAACAAAACAAAACAAAACAAAACAAAACAAAACAAAACAAAACAAAAUUGACUUUCCAAGGGAAAUGGUGAGUAUGUGAGCAGCUACCUAGGGCAAUGACAGGAACCAAGCCAAGUCUGGUGAGAGAAUACAGACAGAAAGAGACAUCCAAGUACUUACAUGGAAGGACAGAAGGUUGCAUUUAAAGAUAUGAAUGAAGAUAACCAGAGAGAUAGCCGGCCUUUCUAAACCCCCUUGUGUGUAGCAUAUUACUUAGUGUGUACGUGGUAGAAUAAACCAUGGGCUCUGACCACACAAAACUGCUAAUCUAAAAGUGGAUACAGAGUAGAGUGAUAUAUAGGACCACUGGAUGGUUUUUUAGUUUCUGUGCUUUGAAAGGAAGGAUUUGGUUGAAAAAAAAAAAAGCUGUUUAUAAGACUUCUUGGAAAAAAAUGAGUGUAGAUUAGUGCUCAUUGUAAACAAAGACAAAGUGUUCAUUGUAAGUACAUUACAGCUUUAGUUUGGAAAAUAAGGUGGAUAGGCAGAUGUGUUUCCUUCUACUGUUUAUUCCUCAGGAUUUUUUGUAUUAUUUUUAUAUUCAAAUAAUCUUAUUUAGUUAACAUACAGUACAAUAUUGGUUUCAGGAGUAGAAUUCAGUGAUUUUUCCCUUACAUAUAACACCCAGUGCUCAUCACAGCAAGUGCCCUCCUUAAUACCCAUCACCCAUCUAGCCCAUCUCCCAACUACCUCCUUCCAUCAACCCUUAGUUUGUUCUCUAUCAUUAAGAGUCUCUUGUGAUGUUUUCCUCUCUCCUCUUCCACCCCAUAUGUUCAUCUGUUUUUUCUUAUAUUCCACAUAUGAGUGAAAUAAUAUGGUAUUUGUCUUUCUCUGACUUAUUUCACUUAGCAUAAUACAUUCUAGCUCCAUCCACUUCAUUUCAAAUAGCAAGAUGUCAUUCUUUUUGAUGGCUGAGUAAUAUUCCAUUACACACACACACACACACACACACACACACACACACACAACAUCUUCAUUACUCAUUCAACAGUCAGUGGACAUUUGGGUUCUCUCCAUAGAUAAGUUAUUGUUGAUAAUGCUGCUAUAUACAUAGGGAGACAUGUACCCCUUUGUAUUUUCAUAUCCUUUGGGUUAAUACCUAAUAGUGAAACUUCUAGAUCAUAGGGCACUUCUUUUUUCAGUUUUCUGAGGAACCUCCAUAGUGUUCUCCAAAGUGGCUGCACCAGUUAGCAUUCCCACCAAUAGUGCAAAAGGGCAAGAGGGUUCCCUUUUCUCUGCAGUCUUGCCAACACAUACUGUUUCUUGUGUGGUUAAUUGUAGCCAUCCUGACAGGAUGAGGUGGUGUAAGGUGCUCAACAUCACUCAUCAUCAGGGAAAUAAAAAUCAAAACCACAGUGAGAUUCCUGAGGACUUUUAUUAGGUGUUCUGUGUUUAUAGGAUUCAGGGUUGAGAAAAUGGAGUAGAUAAUCAUAAAAGUAAGUAGAGAACACAUUUAUUUUCACUGUUGACAUCAGUGUAUCACAUUAUUUUCUCACUUUUCCCAGCUCUCUUUCUGAUUUCUGUUUGGGAAAUCUCACUUUGAUUCUCCCUGGUAGCCUAUCUAGUUUUUGAAGACCUCUAGAAGCAGAAGCUCAGGCUUUUCUGAUUCAUCAAGCUCAUCAUCUUGAUAGGUGUGAUAGAAAUGUUAAGAGUUUCCAAAACUGGGUUAUGACUGAAACUAAACCUGUAAAUGUGUCAAAUCACGAAUGAGGAGCAUUGCAUUUAACUCUAUCUUCUCUGCAGUUAUCCCAGAGGGACUAAGAAAUUUGCCUUGUUCACAACCAUCCUGGAAUGAUACCAGAUUAUGUGGUGUCUAUACAGCCUCUAGAGAAGCUCUGGCUAUCUGCUUGUUUACCCAAAUAAUGGUGCAAUGAUACUAGAGUGGUAUGUGCAUGAAGCAGUGACUCCAAAGAUGUUGUGGGAAGGAAGCAAAAAUGUUUUCUCCUUCUCUACCCUCUAUCUCCCCUGCUUCCCACACAUACAAGUGUGUAUUUUUUGACAUUUAUAAAUGGUUGGGCAGCCAUUCUCUUCAGAUUGUUUAUUGUUGAGAAAUUGAAUAACUCCUUGGACUUCUCAUCUUGAUGUAAAAGCUUUCAUCCUUUUUGCCCAGAGGAAGUGAGAUUAUGAAAGUACUCUAUGCCUCUCAUAAAUGUGAUUUCAGGCAGGCUUCCCUUUGGGGCCCUUUCUCUCUUUCCAGCUCUGAUCAUUUCAGACAUUUUUUGACAGUCCUUCCUGAGGCAUCUGGGGUUUGGGACUGGAUUCAUCUAUUUAAUUCUGCAAGGCUUGUGAGUACCUAAUUUACAUGGUUCCUGCCCCCUUUCUGAGAGUCUCUCUAUGCCUGCCUUUGGGGUUCUUAAUUUCACCAGGUUGCAGAAAAAGCCCUCUUUAUCUCCAUGUCAGUUCUUGAUUAUCCAUGAUAAUGGUGGGAAUAACCUACAAUAGUGAAUUGUACUAAAAUGAUUUUUGUUUGAUUUUUAAGUGAUGGAGUCCUGUCUAGAGAUAAUACAUAAGUGAACAGCUUCAGUGAAAGCAGUCCAUCAUGUUACUUUCCCAUGGGUGGCCGUAUGGGAUCUCUGCUUUGGUGUCUAGAGAGGGUGGCAGAUGCAAGAAUGCAGAUAGUUCAGGCCUCAUUGUGUUAUCAGAAACUGCAGAUCUAUUGACAGCUCUGCGAACUGUCUCCAUGCCUUUGUUCAAAUCCUGGAGAAGUCCUUUCCUUACGUUGAGAAUCCAAUAUGUAGUUCACAGAACAUGAAAAUCAGUAGGCAACAUGUGAAACUCACGUUUUCCUAGGGUUUCCAUCACACCUAGAGUAACAGUCGAAUUCCUCACAGUGACUCAGAUCUUCCAUGAAGGAUCUGGCUUCCUGCUUUCUCUUUGUCCUUAUCCCUGACUGCUUUCCUCUCACUCACUCUGUCCUGGCACCACAGGGCUUGUUAUUCCUCAAAAGUAGCCAAGUACCACUUCACACCCAUUAGGAUGGCUGCUAUUAAAAACAAAACAAAACAAAAACAGAGGCUCACAGUUUUGGUGAAUAUGUGGAGAAAGUGGGACACUUAUACAUUGCCUGUGGGAAUGUAAAAUGGUGUAGCUGCUGUGGAAAACAAUAUGAUGAUUUCUCAAUUAUGUAUACAGUUACCGUAUGAUCCAGCAACCCAAAUUCUUGGCAUAUAUUCCAAGGAAUUAAAAGCAGGGACUCAAAAGACAUUGUUACUCACAACAGCUAAAAGGUGAAAGAGCCCACAUGCCCAUCAGUGGAUGGAUGAAUAAAUAAGAUGUGGGAUAUACAGGCAAUGGAACACAAUUCAGCCUUAAAAAAGAAGGACAUUCUGACAUAUGCUAUAACAUGGGCUAUAACCUUGAAGACUUUAUGCUCAGUGAAAUAGGCCAGUGACGAAAGGAUAAUAUUGUAUGAUACCACUUUUACAAGGCACAUAGUAUAGUCAAAUUUAUAGAGACAGAAUGUAGAAUGCUGGGUGCCAGGGGCUGCAGGGAGGGAAGAACUGAGAGUUACUGCUUAUGGGUGCAGAGUUUCAGCUGAGGAAGAUGAACAAGUUCUGGAGAUGGAUGGUGGUGACAGUUACACAACAGUGUGAAGGUGAGGCUGUCUUGGGUCACCCAUUUUAAAAUAAUAAAACCCACUAGAGAACAUCCUAACCUUUUCUUGCUUUUCUUUCCUCUGUUGCAUUGAUUGAAAAUCUUACACAAUAUAUAUUUAUAUUUAUAUUAUUUAUUUAUUUAUUUAUUUAUUUAUUUUUAAUAUGAAAUUUCUUGUCAAAUUGGUUUCCAUACAACACCAGUGCUCAUCCCAACAGGUGCCCUCCUCAAUGCCCAUCACCCACUUUCCCCUCCCUCCCACCCCCUAUCAACCCUCAGUUUAUUCUCAGUUUUUAAGAGUCUCUUAUGGUUUGGCCUCCUCCCUCUCUAUCUUUUUUUUUUCCUCCCUCUCCCCUAUGGUCUUCUGUUAAGUUUCUCAGGAUCCACAUAAGAGUGGAAACAUAUGGUAUCCAUCUUUCUCUGUAUGACUUAUUUAUUGUUUGCUUCCUACUGAAGGAAUGUAAGCAACUUGAGUGGAGGGAUGUUUGUGUUUUUCUUUGCUUUAUUUGCAGUGCUAAAUAAUUGGGGACCACUAUAUUUGAAUAAAUAAAUGAAAGACUAUGAUUGGACACAGACUUCUAGAUAAAGUACAAAGAGAGAGAGAAAAUGGGAAGAUUCCAUUUUUCAUUGGUUUUGUUAACCAAUGGUUUUCAUUGGUUUUGUUAACCAAGAGUCUUUUACCCUGGGAUAUGAGACUCAGCCCCAGUGUUCAUGGUGGAUUUUAUUCUGUUUAGCUUUUCAUAUAUAUUCUGAACUGUUUCUGCUUUGGAAGUAUUGGUUGUGCAUAUGCACCACACAUUAUUAUUUAAAGCUCUUGCCCUGAACACAAAGCUUCUACUCUUGCAUUCCUGACUGUCCUCUACCAGAGAUGCAGGGCUGCUUGAUUUAGGACUUUGUAACUCUGGGGAAGCUCAGCUAUCCAAAAAGGCUUAUACUGGUUUGUUUGGGAGCCACUGGUUCAGUUGGCUGGAGAUUUUAUUGUCUGGAAAACUUUUAAGGAGGCUGAGAGAAUUUAUAUACUUUGGGAUCAGGAAGGAGUUGUACUUGGAUACAAAGGGAUUGAUAUAAACUCUGGAGAUGUUGCAUUUAAUGUCCAUUUCUCUGAACUUUUUAGAGCUUGAUUUAAUUAUUUAACAGCCUCAGUGCACUACUCUCAAGUCUUUUUCAAACUUCUAGCAAAGCAACUGGUAUCCAAACUCUCUUUGAAGGUAUUCAGGAGGAGCCACAAGGCCAACUUCCUGAUUGGCAGAAGAUUUAACACCCAACCCUGAGAACCAGUAUAAUUUGCUUACCUGGAAAAAUUUUUUGAAAAGGAAACGUCCAGAGUGAGGGCAAUACCCUUCUUAGAGACAGAGGAGUGAACACAAUGACCCCCCAGGACAAAGGGGAGUGAGUGGUGCUGGUUGAGAAAGGAAGACACCCUUGCAACUUAAGUAGUGUACUGUUGGAAUUGACAUAAAUUCUUCUUCUUAGUUAUUUGGGAUAGAACUUUUGUUUUGGAGUUUAGAAGGAGUCAGAGACUGAGAGUAAUAUGGGCAGGAGUAAGGAAAGAAAGGGGAGCUGAGGGCAUUAUAGAAUCCAUAAAAGCUGACUUCCUUUUCCCUGGAUCUUCUCUGCAUUUCUUUCAGCAUCUCCUUUUGCUAAGCACCUCCUUUGGGAGAGAAUGCUUCCUAAUUGAACUUAGAUUCACAGACCUAGGUCCCUCAUUGGGAAAUUUCCUCAGGAAAUUCUCUUGAAAUAGAUGAUGGUGCAUGUUCUAGUGUCCUGUCUACACCUUGGUUUGGACCUUUCUUUCUUUGAAAAAGAAAAGUCCUACUUCCUGGAAUUUUAAGGUAUAGUAGUAAAAAAAUACAUCUAUAUAUUCAUUUCCUCUGUCCUAAAGGUCUCUUAUAGUCGUUUGGCACACUUAUGAGCAGAUAUUUUUCCUGGGUAAUGAGAGUUGGAGAUGAGACUGUGGCAUCCAGAAGGAGAAGGGAUAUGGAUCCUGGCCCUGCCUCCUAGAAGCUUUUAGGAGAAGCUUUUAGCUUUUAGACUGUAAGGAAUUUCAGUGACUCACACAAGGCACCAUCAGACAGAAAGGGAAAAUCAGUUUCAGCUGUGCAUCAGGAUGGGCUGUAAGUACUGGUGGGAAGAGGAGGAAAGUUGGAGAUGGGCAUCAGUCAAGAUGGCUUAGGCAAGGCUUUGUAGAUGCAGAGGAAGGCUGUAGAAUAGGGUUGAGAAGAGCUGGAGGGUCAAUAUGGACAGAAAAGAGUGAGGAUGGCCUCCAUGGCAGGACAGGCAACUUUCCCAGUACCAAGUCUCAUCCCACGAAGAGUAAGUCAGGAUGUAAGGAGGUGAUGAGCCUGAGGGUAGGGGGAGAAUUACAGCAGGACUCUGACAAUUGGGUCAGAGAGUCUGGACUGAAUACAAACUGUUGGACUAAUUGCGGAUUAUUGCACAGGGAAAGGGCAUUUCUAAACAUGGAGUUUGAGGGUAAUGUUUCUCUGUGUUGUAAUAAGUUGGGUUUGUUGUAGGCUCUCUCAGGAUUCCCAAUCCAUGGGUUUGUUUUGUCUUCUAUGAGUUCGGUUGUUUAUUUGUUUGUCUGCCUGCAUCUGUUGAAGUAAAAUAGACAUGGUUUAAUUCCCAGAUGGUUUUUUUUUUUCCUGUGGGGUGCUUCUCUGGAUCAUCAUACUUUGUCUUUAUCCCACUUUCCCUCAUCUUCAGUAAAGGUGGGAAGAACACAAGGACGACCUUGCACAACAAAGUUGAGGGAAACAGAAAUGAUCAAAAGCAUUAGCCAUCUCUAAACCUGCCGUUCAGAUGGUCCUCUGGGAUUCCUGCUCAGGGCCCAUGGAUGGACUUCAGAAGAGUGUAGAAUAUUAUUUUGAGGUGACCAACAUCAGAGGGCUCUGUGAUUCAACAAAUGUGAAGAACCGCUGUCAUGUCUUUGUGGGGAGGUGGUUGUCUGGAUAUGGUUCCUCAGAGGGAGUAAAGAGGUACAAGCAUCCUUAGUGCCCAGUAAGAAGCCUUCAGAGACAAGGAGCUGAAGGAGAAAGAGGAAUUGGGAAAAGGGAAAUGGGUUCAGAGGGAACUGGUGGGAGGGGUGUCCCAUCUUCCCUUGUUUUCCACCCUUUUUCUAGCGGGUAGUCUUUCUCUGUAUUCUCCAUGUCCUGAUGAUUAAAGGAUCCAGUUACCCUUCAAUUAAAAUAUAUUGACUGCCUGCCAUUUAUCAUGCCCUAAACCCUGUACUCUCACAUUUUCUCAUGCAAUUUCUUUGUUAAACCUGUAGUGCAGAGUGGAGUCAACAGCUCCCUCAGUCAUGAACUAUUAGCCCCAUUGCUUCCUGUCAGACCCCUUUACAAAAUGUGUUUUAUUUUCCCCUUUCAUUCCUAUCUCUAUUCUCAUUUCCCCUCCUCACAGUGGGGGGUGGGGAGGGUACUUACUUUCCUGUAUUUAAUAAAUGAUCUUCCAGUCUAUGCUCUACAUGUGUAUUUAGAUACAUCCAUCCACUCAACAACUACAGUGCUGACUAUGUGUGCACUCUUAAUUCCACUAAGAUUGUGCUUCAGGAUGGUGGACCCAGUUAAUUUCCCAAGAGCAGUACAUUACAGUUUGUAUCUUUUCGUGGAAUUAUCAUACUGAUCCAAUAAGGGAAGUAAAGUAAGGUUCCUUAUGGAUGAGGAAACUGAGGCUUAGAGAUAUUAAGCAAAUUACCCUAGUUUAUGUAGUCAAGCACAAGAGCCAGCGCUUAUAUCCAAAAUCUCUCAUAUAAUGUUCAACGCUUUUACCACUGUAGUACGCAGCACUGACUCUUCCAGAAAUAAGACGAGGCAUCUGCCUCAUUAUGUAUUGUUAUUAUUAUUAUUAUUAUUAUUAUUAUUAUUAUUAUAUUUGAGCCUUGGAUAUUUGGAUGCCUGGUCUAACUCAAUAAGCCUAGGACCCCCAAGGGUUUAGCACCAGCAUGUAAGAGGGUGUCUAAUUAGAGUUCUUAGAGUUUCAAAGUGAAUUAUGGAAUAAAACUGUUUUUAUUGUUUCAUGAGGACUAGCUAACAGGCUUGAGUUUUAGUGGGUGAUUUUGAGGCUAGACAUUUAUAAAGACUAAUUUUCAAAGUUUGGGGACUGUGGAUCAGAUUUAAAUAUUAAGUAUUAGGUAGAAUAUAUUAAGUACAUAUUAUAUGCUAUUUACUGAGCAAAGUACUUUACAGGCAUCAUUUCACUAAAUCCUGACAACAACUCUAUGAGGUAUUUACUUUUACUCCCAUUUGACUGUUGUGAAAACUAACACACUGAGAGGUGAGCUAAUUUGUCCACAGUCACCCAACUAUGAGGUUGAGUUUUGACUUGAACCUGAACCAUCUACCUGCAGAGCCUUACUCUUGACUACUAAACUGUGCUGCCUUCCUGUGAAGGAAGCUUUACAAUAUCUUUGCUUUGAAAUUGAUGAUAAUUUCUUGUCAUUUGGGGUGGUUUAGAGCAGUCAUGGGAAGUACAUUGCUAGUUGGACAAGAAUUCCAGAAGGAGAGGUUAUGAAGUUUGAAAGUGUCCCCCAGUUGUCUUCAUUAUGCCUCCCUGUGUCCCAUGAAGUGAGACCUCUGCCUUAGGACAUCCUACCUAGAUUUUAAGGCCUGAGUAUGAUGCCUUCAAAAAAGUGGGGAUUCUCUAACUGUGCAUGGGUGGUUCAUUGCAUAUAACCCAAGGCAACCUGAUAGUUUCAAGACAAGUGUCCUCAAAAGGAAAGAAUUCUUUAUCACCCUGUGUGAAUCAUACUUGCCAGGAAUUAUCUGUGGUCAAAGUUUUAUCACAGUUGGUUUUUCUUCCACACUUUACAUUUUGUUUGCCUUCUACAGGGAAGAUGAUACCAUUUAUAUAUUUACAUUAGCUGGGUUUAUAAAGAUUGCUUGGCUACAAAGUAUAUACUCAAAAUCAAGUAGAUAAGAAUAUUUGAUUAUGUGCUCUUUCAGAUUUCUCUUCUCUGUUUAUACAUUUGUUCAACAAAUAUUUUUUGUGCACCUAACUCACAGUCUAAUGGAUGAGACUGGCAGCUGACCUAAAAUGUUGAUAUAUUAGAAUAAAUGGCACAUGGGGUAAGCCAGGUGCUAGGAGACUCGUAAGGGUAAGGGUAAGGGCAGCAUAAGUGUCAGGGGAGACUUCCUAGGGAAGCAACUUCUCAGCUGAGAACUGAAAGAGAAGUGGGGGUUAGCUAUAGGAAGAAAACAAGGGGGCAUUAGAGGCAAGGGAAUGGGGUCAGUGUAGAAUUUCAUGGCUGAAUGCAGGAACUGGGCAGGAGAUGAGGUUGGAGGAAUCAGUAACAGGUAAGACUAUGAAGGAAGGGCAUUGGUGAACCACAGGAGGUUUGGAAGCCUGGGGGUGGGUGGAGACACAUCAAUCACAUUCAUAGUGCAAAAAGUUCCAUGGCUUAAUUGACCUUCCUUAUUGGUCAGAUGUGUUUGUUGGUACAUCAUAACAUUGGAACUGGUAAAUGGCAAAUAAGGAAUCUAGAUGGAUUUGUAGAUGGAAGUCCAACCAAUACCAAGCGUACCUUCUGAUAAUGUAUAAAAAAUAUUCUUCAGUUUUGACUUGAUUAUUCUGUCUUUACAAACCUCUGACAACAUUUGCUAAAAAUUCUCUCAAAAUCAAAGCCUGAGUAGAGAGGAAAGUGAGGGCUGCAUGACUUUGUGUUCUCUGUUUUCCACUACUUUUCUGGGGCAUUGCUGUGAAUUGUUCAUCCAAAACUUAUUCUCCUUGAGGAGGGGCCAUUUGAAUAGCAGCAGGGGAGGAGGCGAAAAGAAGAACCACAUGUGGUGUACAUUAAUUAAGAAAAUAUAUUUAGUAUUUAGACAAUGGUUUGUGGGAGUUAAAAAUAACUCCUUGUGAAAAAUUACUAAGGAGUUACAAUUAGUGUUUGAACACAAGUUCACAGAGCAGGGCAGAUUCCAAGGCUGCUGAAAACUGACAUCACAGAUGGUGCAGGGUGUUUAUAGAGCACAGUGAGUCCACUGAGGAGACCAUCUGCAGAAAUGAGCUCACCUUCUCUCCUAGAAGCCAGAGAGGGAGGAGACAGAGGGAAUUGUUUUGGUUGUGAGCUAUGAGCUAGGUGACUUAUUUCUUUUCUCUCUACCCCUCAUACUCUCUUAACUUUGGACAUAAAACAUGUGAAUUUUUGUUUGGUUGUUUUGGGUGAGGUUUAUUGAAUGUCAGGAUUCACAAAAUGGCCUUUCUGUCUCUUCUCCCUUUAAUGGACCCUUGGUUGGCUGCUUCAUCCAUUUCGCCAGUGUUUUAUCACCAGACAGCAUGUUUCUCUCUUUCAUACUGGUGUUUAUGAAGGCCCUGCCCCUUUCUCCCCCUUCAUGUCUUCUCACAGCACCCCAUGUAGGCCUAAGUGGGUAAAGAAAAGGGUUGGAGUGUAUAUCCUUUGCCAUCAGUACAGCUAAAUGAAUGAUACAGAAUGAGGAGAAAGGGGGCCAUAGUGACGUCUGACAUUGGCUAGCUGAUUUGGGGGCUAAGGGUUUUAAGAUUGGGGGACCAAUAUUUGUAUUUUAAAUUCAGAUGGUAUUUAAAAUAUGGUUCUAUAACUGCAAUGAGGCCCUCUCAUCUGUGAAUUAAUGUGUCAUAACUCAUGUUCAAGUACCACACAAACAUCCAUGGUGUGAAUGAUUACACAAUAAAUUCAAACCCUGUUGUGUCUUACAGCUUAAUUAGUACAUGAAGCUACAUGAGUUAGUUGAACCCAUGUGAGAUUAUGUCAUAUGGUGUGUAAAAAUGGAAAUGUUGGGAAGUAUUUUGCAGUUUUUCAGGGGAGAAAGCAGGGUUGACUUUUCUAUGAUGUCUUUAGUGUCAGUUUCUAUAUUUGUGCUCAACAAGUGAUGUUGGACUUCUGAGCUUUUGUUGCCUGGUUGAACACAAUUGUUCAGUAUGAAUUUAUUGUUUAUUUAGGCAUUAUUGAGGGAUGACAGACACUAGAAGAAAUACAAAACAGGAUCUUUGAGGCCUGACCAAUGGACUGUGGCAGCCCCAACUCGACUUAGCUUAAUUCAGCCUCACCAAACAUGAUCCCAGACUGAUCCCAGACUACAUGGGCUUGAUACAGCUGUCUGAUCCUAGAAUCUUCUUCAAUUCCAGCUAGAAUGCUGUAUCAGAUACUUCGCAGAUUUUUUCAAAAGCUUGUAUGCAAAAAUAUGCCAACAGAGCAUGGGAUUCAAGUUAACAUCCACCUGAGCACUCUGGAUUUAGUUGCCCUCGGUGUGGGCCGCACAGUGGGUAUAGGUGUGUAUGUCCUGGCUGGUGAGGUGGCUAGCAGUCAAGCAGGGCCAUCCAUUGUGAUCUGCUUUUUGGUGGCUGGCCUAUCUUCUGUGUUGGCUGGGCUGUGCUAUGCAGAGAUUAGUGCCCGUACCCAGGUUCCCCAUUCUGGCUCUGCAUAUCUCUACAGCUUUGUCACUAUAGGUGAACUCUGGGCUUUCCUCAGUGGCUGGAACCUCAUCCUCUCCUUUGUUGCUGAUACAGCCAUUGUGGCCUGUGCCUGGACCUUAGUUUUUGCCAACCUGAUUGGGAACCAGAUCGCUCAGACUCUUAAUGAGAACAUCUCACCUCAUGUUCCCCAAGUACUUGCAGAAUAUCUAGGCUUCAUUGUUGGGGGCCUAAUGUUGUUAUUCAUCGAAUUCAGACUGCCAUUUCAUACAUUUUUCCUGGUUGCCAAAGUGAUUACAUUGGUGAAACUUUUGGUUCUUGGUUUUGUCAUCAUCUCUGGCUUCAUUAAGGGAGACCUGCAAAACUGGAAACUCACAGAAGACGACUAUGUAAAAGCUGGACUCAAUGACACCUCAAGCUUGGGCCCUCUGGGCUCUGGAGGAUUUGUGCCAUUUGGCUUUGAGGGGAUUCUCCGUGGAACAGCUACCUGUUUCUAUGCAUUUAUAGGUUUCAGCAUCUUUCUUACAACAGUCAAGAAAGAGCAGAAUUCCCAGUGUUCCAUCCCCAUGGGCAUUAUGAUUUCACUGUUCAUCUGCUUUGUGCUGUAUUUUGGUGUCUCCUCAGCACUUACGCUUAUGGUGCCUUACUAUCAGCUUCAACGUGGGAGCACGUUGCCUGAGGCAUUUUUCCUUAUUGGCUGGGUACCUGCGUACUAUGUUGUAGCUUUUGGAUUUUUCUGUAGUCUUUCUGCCAGCCUUUUGAGCUUUAUGUUCCCCAUUCGUCGAUUGAUACACAUGAUGGCAAAAGAUGGCCUCCUGUUCCCUGUCCUUGCUAGAGUGUGUACUGGCUCAUACUCCCACAUCAUGGCUUCUAUGAUAUUUAGUAUUAUUGCAGCAAACAUGGCAUUCUUCUUGGAACUCACUGAUCUUGUGGACCUCAGGUCACUUGAGUCUCUGCUAGCUUAUUCCCUGGUUGCUCUUUGUGUUCUCAUCCUUCGAUAUCAGCAGAGUGGAGGAAAUGAACCAAUGGUUCAGGAGGAGAAUGGACCGGCAGCAGAGAGGCUAACUCUACAAGGACUACUUUUUCCAGGCAGCCCCACCCCUACUCCACUCUCUGGCCGGGUUGUCUGUGUUUGCUCCGCACUGCUUGCUCUGCUGCUAAUUCUUCUUGGCUUGGUGCUGGCCCAGUGGCCAAUUCUGCUUUCUGGAGACCCAGUGUGGAUUUCAGUGGUUGUGCUGCUCCUGGUGCUCAUCACUGGGCUUACUGGGGUCGUCUGGAGACAGCCUCAGAGCUCCAGUUCCCUUCACUUUAAGGUCCCUGCUCUGCCUCUUCUCCCACUACUGAGCAUCUUCAUGAAUGUUUACCUUAUGAUGCAGAUGACAGCUGCCACCUAGGCCCGAUUUGGUGUCUGGACGCUGAUUGGGUUUGCUAUCUACUUCAGCUAUGGGAUCCAGCACAGCCUGUCUAUUAACCCCACCUAAGUUAAGGCCAAAACUGUAGACCUUGAACUCAGCAGUGCCAGUACAUAUUCUGCUUGAUAAAAUAACACCUGAAUGCAGUCUGGUCCCUUUGCAUAAUAGUGGAGAGUAUUUUUGAGCACAUAGAAAGUUAGGUCUCCCAUGGGAUGCUGAUGUGGGGGAACACUAAUAGAGCUCUGUAUUUAUUGUGGAAUGAAGGAUGUGGCUUUGCUCUUUCUUCUUUAUUAUUUCUUACUUGUAUAUUUGUUAAUUAUGUCUAUAGUUGUUUACUGGCUUUUAAAAAAAUAUUAAAAAAACUAGGGGUGCCUGGGUCGCUCAGUCAGUUAAGCAUCCAACUUUGAUUCAGGUCAUAAUCUCACAGUCCGUGAGUUUGAGCCCCACGUCAGGUCUGUGCUGACAGCUCACAGCCUGGAGCCUGCUUCAGAUUCUGUGUCUCCCUCUCUCUCUGAACAUACCUUACUUGUGCAUGCUCUGUC